AUGUUCAGCACUCAACUCAAACUUGCCGCCGUGAUCCUAGCCCUUGGCUUGGUGGAACUGGGGCUGGCAGUGGAUUUAUCGAACUACACCAAACCGAGUGUGGAAGUCGGGAAGCGACUGAAAAACUUCAAACCAAAAGGCCACGACGAGUACAUGGGCUAUGCGCAUGAGUACGGCUUUGGGCACUACUACGAGGGAGACAUUCUGCUGCAACCAACGGGAACGGGCCGUGUCGCUCUUGGGGAGCAGUUUGUGAUGAAGAAGUGGCCAGCAGCAGUCGUUCCGUACGUCAUCAAAGCAGACUUCACACCUUCUGAGCUUCGGACACUACAGGCCGCCUUUGACCAGUACCAUGAGAAGACGUGCGUCCGCUUCGUACCCCGCACGACGGAGCUGUUCUACGUGACGAUAACGAACCGCGAUGAAGGUUGCUACUCCUACGUUGGCCGGAAUCCGUCCAACCAGUACAACAACAUCAACCUGCAGACCCCAGAGUGUAUGGAGCACGUCGGCACACCGGUCCACGAGAUGAUGCACGCAUUGGGAUUCUUCCACGAAUUCACGCGGCCAGACCGGGAUGAGUACGUGAAGUUGCACGUCGAGAACCUACGCCCGGAGUACCAGAGUGCGAAUUUUAUUGCAGUUAACUUUGGCAAGCUCGAUCCGGCCCAAGUCACCAGCUACGGUGUGCCGUAUAACUACGCCAGCGUCAUGCACUACUCGCGCUUUGCCGGCUCCGUCGGUUUGUGCUGUCCGGUAUUCACGAACAUCAAACCGUACUUCGGAGAUUUCGGUAGUGAAGCCGGACUGACGCCUCUCGACACCAAGCAGGUGGUGGCCCGUUACUGCAAGAAAUGA